AUGACAUUCUCUCUCUCAUUGCGCCAAGCCGCCGUGGCAGCGUUGCUCUUCAACGUGGCGGUGACAGCCAGCUACGAUAGUCGGCGAAGUAAUGAAGCCUCGGAAGAUACGAAGCGGGCUUCGAUUGUUGCUUCCGUAAAGGCUCGAAACCUGAACGUCAGAAACUUUGUACAAAAGUUGGAUGUCGACAGCGUAUUGUCUGCCCUCGGUAGCAGUAAUAAUAACGCAAAAGGCGAUGAAACUCCAAAUGUAGCUACCUUAGCUGCUGAUGAGGCUGUUCCUGCCGCUCCUCAGGCUCAGCCGGCAGCACCACCAGCAUCGGCCGCGGGACAGGCUCCUCCUCCUCCUCCUCCUCUGGCGAACGGUGCGCCCCCUCCGCCUCCCGACCCAAACGCCGCUCCUCCACCGCCGCCUCCCGCUAAUGGCAUUCCUCCUCCUCCUCCCCCUCCGGCGAAUGGUGCACCACCGCCGCCGCCGCCCAACGGGGCACCUCCACCGCCUCCUGACCCAAAUGCUCCUCCUCCACCUCCUCCGGACCCGAAUGCGCCUCCUCCUCCACUCCCUGAUGGUGCACCACCGCCACCGCCUGAUCCUAAUGCAGAACCGCCACCACCACCUCCAGAUGGAGGGCCAGCUCCCGACCCAAACACUGCCCCUCCGCCACCUCCUGAUGGAGGUCCUGCACCUGAUCCGAAUGCCCCUCCCCCACCACCUCCACUCGGCGAGGCGCCUCCCCCUCCGCCUGAUGAUGGCCCUCCUAUGCCGCCUCCAGAUGGUGGGCCGGCUUCCGACCCGAACGCUCGCCCUCCGCCGCCGCCUGACGCUGAGGGACCACCACCACCCCCUCCUGAGGCUGCUCCAGCUGUGAACGGGCAACCUCUCGCGCCACUGGCUGUUGGAGCACCUCUUCAACCUGCUGUGCCCGCAGCUCAAUCUCCCCCUCCCCCGCUCGCGGCAAAUGGAACUGAUCCAGCCGGGAAGAAGAGGAAGGACAAGAAAGGCAAGGGAAAGGAUGACGCCGGAAAGAAAGCAAGGGAUGAAGCCAAGAAGAAGGCUGAGGGACAAGUAGUAGGUGCUACUGGUCCUGGUAUGACGGCCGCCAAUGGAACAGCCCUUGCGCCUUCUGGCAAUAAGGGAAAGAAGGGCGAGGACGCCAAGGGCAAAGAUGCGAAGCAAUUGAAGGACGGAAAGGGUACUGGAGCAAUCCCAGGGGCGGCCGUCAAUGGUACUGCAACGGCAGGCUCAAAUGUAAAAGCCAAGGGCAAGGGUAAAUCCGAUGACCCCGAGGCAAAGAAGGCAAAGGAAGCAGUCCUAGGCGGAGAGGGGGCAGCAGCAGCAGGGAAAUCAACUGGGACAGCAUUCGACAGACGCCGGCGGUUGAGCUUAAAGCGGCGAAACCUUGUGGCCAAUUUCGGCUGGUGA